AUGGAGGCAUUAAACCCAGAAUACUGCACCAAGGUCAACAUACAGCUGCGCCAAGCGGUCUCAGAGAUGCUGGACAAAGUAUGGCCGUGGCUGACCUUCCCUGCACGCGACGACGGCCGCCCGCAGCGUGUUCUGCAUCUCGGCAGUAGGAGCGGUGACAUCACAAAAGGAGUGCUGGCGCCGCGGUUCCCAGAGACGGUACAAGUAGUCGGUGCGGACCCAGACCUCGACAUGGUGCACUACGCCCUGCUUCACCGCCUCAGUCCCGGCAUGUUCUACACACAGGCGAACAUCGCAGGGCCGCAAGUGAAAGAAACGACGCUGUGGAGGCUGCAACCGUUCUGGCAGAUAUUCUCCUUCAACCACGUGAAGUCGCUGUCAUCAGACAGCGUUCCUUUAAGAGCAGUUCGCGAGCUGCUGGCACCUGGUGGAGAAGCGGUGUUGAUGAUAAUCCCGUCUUCUCCUCUAUAUAAAACUUACAAAUGGUUGGCAGGACUUGGAAGAUACUGCCGCUACAUGGAGGAUGUGAAUGACUACCUACCUUCUUACCAGGCGCCGGCAACAAAUUGGCUGACUGACGUUGCACAAAUGAACUUUAUGGGAUUUGAAUUGUUGACAUGGGUGCCAGAGAACCACGCAUUCUCUGUUUUCUACUCUCUAGAGGAUCUGAAAGAAUACUUCACCGCCGUUGACCCCUUCGUACACCGCAUGCCACAUGAUGAGAGACAGGACUACAUUGAGGAUGUAUACCAAUGGUGCAAGGGCCUGUGCGGAGUGACAGUUGCAGAAGACACUGGUCAUUACAGAUUACAUUUCUCAAGACUGACUGUGGUCGUACGAAAAAAGUGA